AUGGAAACAUACUAAUAUAUUGACUUUUAAAAGGUAUUUAAUGGUUGCUUGUUCCACAAGAAUGCUUUUACAUCACAUGAAGCUCUUCGUAACUUCGUGAAGAAGAAGCUUCGGUUGACUUAUGAAUCUUUCCUUCUUUUAUUUCUCAAUCAAAUGAGACUCAAGUCCUAUGUUUGUUUUUUGUUUUAUGUUCCUUCAAAAAGUUCUAUUUUUUUUAUGUCACACAUAAAACUAUCUUCUUUUAUUGUGACUGAUUAGCCACACACUUAUAAGAAGCAUUCCUCUUCGAUCAUGGUUGUAAUGGAUCUCCUAUCUCCACAAUCCGUCCUUUUGGUCCUCCUCUUCUCCCUCUCUUCCCUCUACCUCAUCUUCUUCUCUAGAUGGAACCACGGCUCAGCAGCUUCCACCACGUAUCCCCCCAACCUCAGGCCCUACCCGUUGAUCGGCCACCUCCCCCAGUUCUUGAAGAACCGCCACCGCCUGCCCGACUGGUUCGCCGAGUCCCUCGCCGCCACCCCCACCAACACCUUCCUCGUGCGCCGCCCCGUCGGCAUACGCAGCGUCAUCACCGCCAAUCCCGCCAACGUCGAGCACAUCCUCCGCACCCGCUUCGACAACUACCCCAAGGGCCCUCGAUUCCGCUCCAUCCUCCACGACUUCCUCGGCCACGGCAUCUUCAACUCCGAUGGCGACGCCUGGCGCGUCCAGCGUAAGACCGCCAGCUUCGAGUUCAACUCCAAGUCCCUCCGCUCCUUCGUCGUCCGCUGCGUCCACGAGGAGAUCCUCUCCCGCCUCCUCCCUUUGCUGGAGAAGAGCUCGCAUGACGACUCCGCCGUCGACCUCCAGGACGUCCUCGAGCGCUUCGCGUUCGAUAACAUCUGCAAGGUGGCUUUCGACCAUGAUCCCGUCUGCCUCGCCAAGGACGACGGUAGCUGCGGGCAAGACAACUUCUCUACUGGCUUCGCCCUCGCCUUCAACGACGCCUCGAACACCAGCGCCGCCCGAUUUCGUUACGUCCUCCCGAGACUGUGGAUGAUAAAGAAGCUGCUGGGCGUUGGUUCGGAGCGGCGGCUUAGGCAGUCGAUCGCCACGGUCCAUGGCCUCGCCAUGCGGAUCAUACGGGCAAAGAAGGAGAACCGGACCUCUUCUUCGCUGCCCCAAGCCGAGGAUCUCCUCUCUCGGUUCAUCGCCAACGAGGACCACUCCGAAGACUUCCUCCGCGACAUCGUCAUCAGCUUCAUGCUCGCCGGCAAGGACACCAUCUCUUCGGCGCUGACCUGGUUCUUCUGGCUCCUCUGCUCUCGCCCAGACGUGGAGGCCAAGAUCAUGGACGAGAUCAGAUCAAUUCGAGCCCGGCGCCCCAGCACCUCCCCGGCAGUCUUCGACUACGAGGAGCUCAGGGACAUGCACUACCUCCACGCGGCCAUAACGGAGUCAAUGCGUCUGUACCCUCCGGUGCCGUUGAACUCUCAGUCUUGCCUCUCGGACGACGUCCUUCCAGACGGCACGGCUGUCAAGAAGGGAUGGUUAAUGUCGUACAACUCCUACGCGAUGGGGCGGAUGGAGGCCAUCUGGGGGCCAGACUGCCGGGAGUACAAGCCGGAGCGGUGGCUAGAUGAGGGGAAGUUCCGGCCGGAGAGCCCGUUCAAGUUCCCAGCGUUCCACGCGGGGCCGAGGAUCUGCCUGGGGAAGGAGAUGGCGUACAUCCAGAUGAAGUCGAUCGUGGCGUGCGUCCUGGAGAGGUUGGCGGUGGAGUUGGUGGACAAGGAGGCACGCCCCGUCAAGAUGAUCUCAUUGACGUUGCGGAUGAAGGGCGGGCUACUGUUGCGCUUCAGGAAGAGAUCCGUCUGACACUGACGUCGCUCGUUCAUCUAUGUCUGUGUUUAUAAUGUUUAUGGUAUUUAAUAUGGAUGUUAAUCUAGUCAUUAA